CAGCCAAGUGCCCAUCCCAACGACAUGCCCGUGCCUCAUACACUCUCGCCAUCGCAUACACGUGGAAGCUCGCGGAAUAGCCUAUUCGACUCGACGCCGCGGUACUCGCUUGCGCCUGAAACCACGGGUCGCCCGGUGAUUGAAUCAGAUGCCCACGAGACCCGCAAGCGCUCCCGAUAUGGCGACGAUACGGCGGUAAAUCCAUGGAACGUUGGCGCCUUGCUCAGCUCGCGCUCUACAGACACUAAGAGCCCGCCUCCGCUCGCCAACGACCGCUACGAACUGGCUGGGGGGAUGGACAGGCCGCAUACCUUUACCACGCGAGAUGGCGACUGCGACGACUACUUCAACCUCCAGGCACAACGCGGCACCUGGGCCGUGCCUGCGCCUCCGCAGGUUGGCCUUGCGACACAAGCGGCAGCGGGGGAGAUGCACACGACGCCAAAUGGAAGCAAGGCUUGGUCGUUGUUCAGCCUCGUCGGCGGAGUAGCUGGCAAGCUAUUCGAGUUUUGCACGGUGCCCUUUCGCGGUUUCCAGGCAGGCGGCGGGCAAAAGUUCGACGCCGACUCGCAAGAAAAGGUUGCUGCGAAGCUGGGCCUGCAAGACGAUCCUUAUCAACCCGGCCCUGUCCAGCAGCCUACCCCUGGCUUCUAUCCGAGCGACGACUACGGCAUUCAAUCCAUCGAAUCCAUCCCCCCUGAGCCACCGAGGCUAGCGAAGCGCCUACGCACAGCAGACAACUGGGUCAUGGUCGGAGCAAACUGUGAGACAAACUCAAUGCCUAACACACCACGGCUGUCAGAGCGACGACUACCCCCCGGCCACGGACGCUCGCCCUCGCAGAUCCCGCGACCGGUAUCGCGCGCCAAUCCCGCCACGCCGUCUCAGAAGCGGCCCUCGCUCAUCCCCGUAUCGCGGCGCUCAACAACCGAGAGACGGCCCUUCCACAGCAGCACAAAAGUCUCGCCCGGCUCGCACACGCGCGCCCGAUCCUACCACCGCCAGAGCUUCGGCUCCCCCGUCGCCUUUGAAAUGGGCACAAACAACACGACUGCUUCGAGUCCACUGUUCGCCUCGGAAAGCCAACGCCUCAUCGACCGCGUCCGCCGCGAGGAGUACGAGGAAGACGAGCGUCUGCGCCGCAUGAGCCUCCAGAUGACGGCCAUGCUCAAAGAAGCUAAUGAGGCUCUCGGCUCGAAAUUCGAAGUCGAAAUGGUUGAUGACGAUGAUUUGGAUGGUGCUGCUUAUAAGAGAAAUACGCCUUGGUUAUCGUAGAUGAAUGUCUAGAUGAACGUGUUUUGAUGGGUACUUGAAGUCUCAGCACAUGGUAUAGUCUGCUUUGGGAUUCAAGCGACACGAUGACCUUUGUUAUUGGGCAGGUGUCUUUUUGCGUGUGUGUGUGUGUGUGCAAUUUAAUUAACGGCCUUUUUGGGGUGUCUCUCGGCGUUGUCCUGUUUACUAUUUCGUCUUUUCUCUCUUCCUUCACAAUUUGAGCGAUUGCCUUUUCUUUUGCACUUUAUACCCUUUG